GAAGGAAUCAAGUCCACCGGCCUCCACCGUCGUCAACUAAUCGACGACACGCGGCCAGACCAUGGCAACGUCGAGCGAUGGACAAAUCCAAACCCUAGUCCGGCCGUCGGAGACCGACCUUUCGUCCUCCGAUCCCCUCGUCCACCGCCGCUCCUCGCCCUCCCCUCCGGGUACUACCGACGCCUCCCCCGGCUCGAGCUCCCAUAGGCCCGCCGAAUCGGCCGGGCAAUCGGAUUCCAGGACCAGUCCCGACUCGGCCGUGUUCCGUCGUGCGAUUGCUGGGGAUGACGGAGAGGGUUCGGAGGAAGGGAGGGGCAGCCUGAUGGCGCCGAGAGACAAAGAGAAUCAAGGGAGUGGAGGCUGGAUUCCGGCUAAAUACAAGUACCGAGCGUCCGCGCCGGCGCAUAGGUGGAUCAGGGAAAGUCCUUUGAGCUCGGAUGCUAUCUUUAAGCAAAGCCAUGCUGGUCUUCUUAACCUCUGCAUAGUAGUGCUGAUUGCAGUUAAUGGAAGGCUGAUAAUUGAGAAUUUGAUGAAGUAUGGCCUGCUCAUAAGAGCUGGGUUUUGGUUCAGUUCAAAGUCACUGAGAGAUUGGCCAGUUUUGAUGUGUUGCCUUACACUCCCAAUAUUCCCCCUUGUUGCUUUUUUGAUCGAGAAACUAGCAUGGCGCAAGUUUAUUUCUGAACCAGUAGUUAUCUCUCUUCAUCUGAUGCUUACAACAGCUGAAAUUGUCUAUCCAGUUUAUGUGAUUCUUAGGUGUGAUUCGGCAGUUUUAUCUGGAUUCACAUUGAUGUUCUUUGCAAGCAUAGUUUGGUUAAAGCUUGUGUCAUUUGCACAUACAAAUUAUGAUCUACGAACACUUAUCAAAUCAUUUGAUAAGGAGGACACAUCUACCAACUUAUCAGGCAUUGAUGCUGAGGAGGGUAUUAGCUUCAAACAGUUAGUGUACUUCAUGUUGGCUCCCACACUUUGCUAUCAGCAAAAAUAUCCUCGUACAAAGUGCAUUAGAAAGGGCUGGGUGAUCUGUCAAUUUAUUAAGUUGGUGAUUUGUACAGGUUUGAUGGGCUUCAUAAUUGAGCAAUACAUAAACCCAAUUGUCCAGAAUUCUCAACACCCUUUAAAAGGGAAUCUUCUAUAUGCUAUAGAAAGGAUCUUAAAGCUAUCAGUUCCUACCUUGUACGUGUGGCUUUGCAUGUUCUAUUGCUUUUUUCAUCUAUGGCUUAAUAUUCUUGCUGAGCUCCUUUGUUUUGGUGACCGUGAGUUCUACAAAGAUUGGUGGAAUGCAAAAACAGUUGAAGAGUAUUGGAGAAUGUGGAACAUGCCUGUCCAUAAAUGGAUGGUUCGCCAUAUAUACUUUCCUUGUGUACAAAAAGGUUUACCAAAGGGUAUUGCUAUUUUAAUUUCGUUCCUGGUUUCAGCCAUAUUCCAUGAGCUAUGUGUUGCAGUACCGUGCCAUAUAAUCAAGUUUUGGGCAUUUCUAGGAAUACUAUUUCAGAUCCCAUUGGUCUUCCUAACCAAAUACCUCCAGAACAAAUUUAGAAAUACCAUGGUGGGCAACAUGAUCUUUUGGAUCUUUUUCAGCAUUCUUGGUCAACCAAUGUGCGUCCUCUUGUACUAUCACGAUGUCAUGAACAGGAAAAUUAGAACCGAUUGAUCUAAAACUCAACAUUCAUCCUGUUUUCUGCGUUUAAUGAAACAAGACACACAUUAUAAUAACCAGGCAAUUCAAUGAAAACAAGACAUUUCAAAUUUCUUGUUAUCUUGUUUAUCCAAA